CAUGCCGGCCGCCGGGGAGGACGCCCUUCCUCCCGUGAGCCUCCGCGCGCGCGGUCUUCUCGCAGGAGGCCUCGCGAGCGCAGCGCCGGAUCCUCCUUGGCAGCGGCAAGAUGGCGGACCGACCAGUUCCCAUUAAAGAUAAGAGGCUUCUGGAUGUAAAAUUGGGGCAGAUGCCAGCCUGGUUAGCAACACGGGAUUAUACACCAAAUGGGUUUCUGGGAGGUAUUCGUGCAGGUUAUGACAGAUACUACAAGAAGUACAUCAACGUGAGGAAAGGAGGCAUUGGCGGCAUCGCCAUGCCACUCACCGCUUAUGUGGUCCUCAGCUACAUCUGGAGUUACGAGCACAUUAAGCAUGACCGCUGGAGAAAGUAUCACUGAGACCCAAUGGACCAGAAGAAUACAAUUCAGAAACCCUUUGACUGGUGGUGGACAAAUGCUUCAACUGAAGAUCUCUUCACCCAGCUCUUAAAAGUGGAAUUGUUUCUAGAACUUUAAGUGUAUUCCAAGAUCAAUAAAGUAUUUACUGUCAGAGUAA